GCCUCUGCCACCUCUGAAUAGUUAAUUUAUUCUCUUUUUGACAAACAUGCAACUUAGUUUAUCACCACCCUUGGCUUUCGCAACUUCACGAUAUUCUCAGGUUCAGGUUGUUUUUCUGAUGGUACCUGGAGUGCUGUUCUGUUGUUUUCUACUGUUGCUUGUUUAUCUUCAAAGGCAAUAUCACCCCAAAGACAAACGCCUACCACCUGGCUCAAUGGGUUGGCCUUAUAUUGGAGAGACCCUCAAGCUCUAUGCAGAGAACCCAAAUUCCUUCUUCUUCAACAGGCAAAAACGGUUUGGAGACAUUUUUAAGACCCACAUAUUGGGAUGUCCUUGUGUGAUGAUUUCUAGUCCAGAAGCAGCGAGAAUUGUUCUGGUGACUCGGGCGCAUUUGUUCAAGCCUACAUAUCCAACAAGUAAGGAAAAAAUGAUAGGACCAGAGGCCCUGUUCUUUCAUCAAGGUGCAUAUCAUUCAAGGCUCAAGAAGUUGGUGCAGGCCUCUUUUUUACCCUCUGCUAUAAGAGGGUCUGUCUCGGAGAUUGAGCAAAUUGUCCUGAGAUUUCUUCCCUCUUGGAAAAACACCACUAUCAACACCUUGCAAGAAAUGAAGAGGUAUGCUUUUGAUGUGGCAAUGAUUUCUGCCUUCGGUGAAAAACAAGACGUGGAAAUGGACGGAAUUAAGCAUCUGUAUCAGCGCCUGGAGAAGGGAUAUAAUUCUAUGCCUCUAGAUUUACCAGGAACACCCUUUCACAAAGCAAUGAAAGCAAGGAAGCUACUGAACGAGACAUUGAAGAAAUUGAUACAGAAGAGAAGGCAAAGCAGGAGACAAGGAGGAGGCUUGCUUGGAGUAUUAUUAGGAGAUAAAGAUGAUGAGAAGCUUAAUCAGCUUAGCGAUUCUCAAAUCGCUGAUAAUAUAAUUGGAGUGAUUUUUGCCGCUCAUGAUACUACUGCUAGUGUCCUGACAUGGAUUUUGAAGUACUUGCAUGAUAAUGAAGAUUUAUUAGAAGCUGUCACGAGAGAACAGGAAGGAAUUAGAAGCAAAAUAGUAGAGGCAAAUCGUGGACUCACUUGGGAUGAUUCAAGGCGCAUGCCAUUGACAAGUCGGGUGAUCCAAGAGACGCUAAGAACAGCAAGUAUACUGUCUUUCACGUUCAGAGAAGCAGUGCAAGAUGUUGAGUUUGAAGGCUACUUUAUCCCCAAAGGUUGGAAGGUUCUUCCUCUCUUUAGAAGCAUUCAUCAUUGUGCAGAUUUCUUCCCUCGACCUGAGAAAUUUGACCCUUCAAGAUUCGAGGUGCCACCGAAACCUAACACUUUCAUGCCCUUCGGCAAUGGAUUGCACUCCUGUCCAGGCAGUGAGCUUGCCAAGCUUGAGAUGCUCAUUCUGCUGCAUCAUCUCACCACCACUUACAGGUGGCAAACUGUGGGAGACGACGAUGGUAUACAAUAUGGUCCUUUCCCUGUGCCCAAAUGUGGGUUGCCUGUAAAGGUAAGCCGCCGGAACAAGUCAGCAAUAUUGUGAUUGGACACUGGACAGAUAUUGGAUUCUCCAAGAUGAUACGGAACUGUUUCAAUGGUGCCAAAAAAGCAACCCGACCCCAUUGAGUUUCUUCUUUGAUUUUUUUUCCUUUAGUUUUAUGUUGGUUGUCAAAAAAUCAUUGUUGGCGAUCCUUCAAUUUCUAAUUUACGGGGCUUUGUCUGGUUUGUAAAUAUAGAUACGUUGGCUUUUCAAUGUCAAAUGCACCCUCCUCCCUCUAUCUGUGCCUUUAAUCUUGAUGUCCUUGUAUUGUCACGAUAUAAUCGAUGUAUUUGUGCAGAAAAAAAGAAGAAAGAAUUGAAAAAAAGGGUGCAAAAGAAA